GCCCCGCCCCUCCGGGCAGGAAGCGGCCCCGCAGGGCCCGGGCGCGGCGGAGAUGCCGUUGCUGGUGCGGGGGCGGCGCGUGGAGCUGGGGCGGCCGGCGGGGGACCUGCUGCGAGCCCACCCGCACCUGGUGGAGAAAGCAAAAGUUCUCACAAGCCAGCCUGCUCAGACGGUGGGACCCAAAGGACUUCUGUAUGUCCAGCAGAGAGAGUUUGCAGUGACCACCCCUGCAGAUGGCUCCGUUUCCGUUCUUGGAUCCGAGGAUGCCACGACCUGCCACUUGGUGGUGCUCAGGCACACAGGCAGUGGGGCUACCUGCUUGACGCACUUUGAUGGAUCAGACACAGAGGCUGAGGUGUUACUGAUCAUGAGUUCAGUAAAGUCUCUUUCUAGCAACGCAGAAUGUGGAAGGCUGGAAGUGCACCUAGUUGGAGGUUUCAAUGAUGAUAGGCAUUUAUCACAAAAACUUACUAAUCAGCUUCUUAGAGCUUUUGACCUCCAGCAAGAUGAUGUCCAUUUAAUGACUUACUGCGUGACAGAAUUAAAUGACAGGGAGGAGAAGGACAGUCAUUUCCCAAUUGUGUAUGGAAUUGCUGUGAAUGUUAAAACAGGAGAGAUCUUCCAUGCAACUUUUCCAGAUAAGGGACCAGAUGAGGACUUACGUUCAGCCCGUACCUUAACAGGAGCAAAGAUGAUUAGUAUUUAUGAUGCAGAGACAAAGCAACUCCAUAUUGGACCUUACUUCUGGAUGCCUUUCCCACAUGUGGAUUUCUGGCUGGAGCAGGACGAUGAACAGAUCUUACAGAAUCUUUCCACAUCUCCUCUGGCUGAGCCCCCCCACUUUGUUUCCCACAUUAGAUCCACGUUAACAUUUUUAAAAGAUCACCCCUUUCCACAAUACUCCCUGUUCCCUGACAGAAAACCACGCAGCUACAAAAAAAAUGAAGAAGGGUUAUGGGUACAGGUUUGCUCUGACAAGAUUUAACAGGCAAAUCCAGAAAGAGACCAGGAAGAUGUGGCCUUGCCAACAGAAGAGUGACCAUUUUGCAAGGAGUAUGUUUCUGAACUGAUGCUGAUUCCAUCUCCUACAAUCCCUCAACUCUGAUGCUUUUCAAAACAAAGUAUUUUGGCAGAAGUGCAUUUGUUUGCACUGUUACUUGCAAAAGGGAGCAGUUGCUUCUGAGGUUAAGAGUUUUUCUGCCCCUGACGGAGCUUUUUCUCCAGUUCUUUCUUUUGGUGCUAACAGGUGUAUAUAGAAGCCUCUUGAAAUCUACCUUGCAAGAUUCAAUUCAAGAAUUUUUUUUUUUCCUUUAGGACUCUCUCUCCUUAAGGACAAAAGUUUAUCAAAUGUAUGUUUAGGUAUACAGGCUUAAUGCAGUGACUUCUUGAUCAUUGGAGAAAACUAUUUUUCAAAAUCCAAAUCGUGGUUGCACCCUAAAUAACAUAUCUAGUUUUUGGUGAGAUGAAUCAGUUUUUCACAUAAGAAAAAAAUUGACAAUCAGACCUGUAAAAGCGAUUCAGAUAUUUCCAAAUACUUGAGCCUAAAAAGCCUUUGUUUUGCAAAAGGGCAAAUAUUUCAUACUACGCUUUUCCUGAAGUAACAGUCUAUUCACCAGUGCUGCUUUCCCAUUCUGUUAUCUAAACUGUGGAUGAGUAACUUAAAAGUAUUCACCACUAAUGAGUGGUAGGGCCAUUGCCAGGCUAGUUCCUCACCUUUUGCUGUUGACUCUAAAGUUGAAGCGUAACAUUUUAUCGUUGUUUCUACAACUUAUUUUUGCAUUUUAACAAAAAAGAGACUGACAGAGAUGUACUUAGUCCCAUAUUCUUUAUAAUUAGGUAUAGCAGUAAAAUACAGUUUUAUAUGUAACGGGAGUUGAACAACUAUUCCUGAAAAUACCUUGUUACAAAAAGCUUAAAACCUACAUGAACAAUAAUCCUUAUGGUAUCUUGAUCAGAUUCUUAGUACUGGUUACAGGUGUACAUCCUUAAAGUCUUGGCAAUUCUUCUGUAACCAUAGCAUUAUUUGUUAAGCAGAUGUAUUUUGCUGGCUGUGACAACAGUAUUUGAAUAAGAUCUAUAUCUCUUCAUUUGUAUUGCAUUACAGCUGCCUGUCCUACAAAAUUUUUAGUUUUGUGUAUUUUUAAUAAUGGUAUAGUUUAACCAGUUUUGGGGUCUGUUUUUUGGUAGGAAAGAUGGCAUUAACUGAAGCAUAGUGUGUGUGCAUAUACAAUACAGGCAACCUAUAGAGUUGAUGCAAACAAAGUAUCCUAAACCAUCAAUUGAAAAAAAGGACUAUAAACACCUGACAGUAGAAAAAGCAUGUUCACCAAAUUCUCUAGUGCAAUCUGUACCUGGGCUGGUAAGUUUCCAUAAAAGCUUUGAAAAGUUUGGAGUUAAGAGUUUAGAUAGUUUAUACAUGGCACUUUCCUACAAAGACCAUAAGACCCCAAACUGUAAAAGGAUCUAACCUGCAUGAGUUUGAUAGAAAACUAUGCUGAAGUAUUAAAGUGCCAAAAGGAGGCUGUGUGUAAACUUUGCAACUCACCAGCAAUCUGAGAACCAAGUGUCAAUAGCUUGAGAAUUGUAAUAAAACAGCAGUAAUUGAA